CGGCCGCGCCCCCUCCUCCCCCGCGCGCGGACCUCCGGUUCCGGGAGCGCCGCGCGCACGUGGGGGCAGCGCGGGGCGGGACCGGGACCGGGACCCGGCCCGGGAUGGGGGAGUUCGAGGUGCACCGGGUGCGUUUCUUCGGGCUGGUGCCGGCCGGGGUGCGCUGCCUGGCCUGGCAGCCCCGCUCCGCCCGCCUGGCCCUGGCCCGCACCGACGGCACCGUCGAGAUCUACAACUUCGCCGCCAACUAUUUCCAAGAGAAGGUGAUCCCCGGGCACGAUGCCCGGUCGGUGGAAGCGCUGUGCUGGGCGGGGGCCGACCGGCUGUUCGGGGCUGGGCUCGGUGGGGCUGUCACCGAGUACGACCUGGCGCGGCUGAGCACGUCCUGCUCGGUGGACGGCGGCGGAGGGCCCAUCUGGAGCAUGGCGGCCAAUGGCAGCGGCACCCGGCUGGUGAUCGGCUGUGAGGAUGGUUCCAUUAAACUCUUCCAAGUCGUGCCUGGGGGCAUCCAGUUUGAGCGGAACCUGGACAGGCGGAAAGGCCGCAUCCUCUGUCUCUCCUGGCACCCGUCAGACUCUCAUAUAGCAGCUGGCUCCAUCGACAUCCUCCGUGUGCUCGACGUCUGUUCAGGCCAAACGGUGCAGCGGAUCAUGGUGAACUACCACGUGCAGAAGGUGCAGCGCGAGUGUGUCGUCUGGAGCGUCAUCUUCCUCGCCAGCAGCACUAUUGUCACCUCUGACUCCUUUGGGAGGGUGCAGUUCUGGGACUGGCAGCGGGGGACGCUGGUGGAGUCCCACACUGUCAGCACCUCCUCUGCCCUCUCGCUGGCUGUGUCAGAGAAGGAGGACAGCAUCAUUGUGGGCACCUCCACCGGGGCCACUUACCAGCUCCAGCUGCUGCCGGUGCGGGUGGGCAGCCUGGAGAAGCGCUGGGUGCGGACAAAGCCCUUCCAGCAUCACACCCACGACGUGCGAGCCGUGGUGCACAGCGGGACUGCUCUCAUCUCUGGGGGCCUGGAUGCGCAGCUGGUGAUCCGCUCGCUGAUGGAGAAGGUGCAGAAGAAGGGCUAUGAGGCAGCGCUCCGCAAAUUCACCUUCCCCCAUCGACGCCUCGUCUCCUGCGCCAGGAAAGCUCGGCUGCUCCUCUUCCAGUUCACCCAGCACCUGGAGCUCUGGAGACUUGGCUCCACCGACAAGACCGGAAAGGAUGGUGAGGUCCUUCCCUUGCGCAGCAUGCCUGAGCACCUCGUGCAGCUCAAGAGUAAGGGGCCAGAGCACAUCUACUGCAGCUGUGUCUCACCAUGCGGCAGCUGGAUCGCGUACUCUACUGCCUCCCGCUUCCACCUCUACCGCCUGCGGUACGAGGGUGACAGCAUCAGUAUUGCGAAGGUCCCCAGAGUCCCCAAACUGCUCCUCCCAGCCUACCAGCUCCAGUUCGCCGCUGACUCGGGCAGCCUCUUCGUCGCCUCUGCUCAAGGCUCCAUCCACAUCCUCCAGCUGCUGGAGCCAGGGGGCUGCAAACACCUGCACACGCUGCGCCCGCCAUCAGAGACCCCCGAGGCCGUUUACCUACUGGCAGUGAGUGCAGACGGGCGCUGGGUGGCCGCGGUGGGCGGGGACUGGGCGAUCCACAUCUACAGCCUGAAAUGCUUCAAGCAUCACUGCACAGUGCCCACCUACAGCUGCGCGGUGACAGCCCUCGCCAUCCACCCUGUCACCAACAACCUUGUCAUUGCCUACGCGGACCAGCAGCUGUUCGAGUUCAGCAUCCCUGAGCAGCAGUACACGGCCUGGAGCCGCAUGGUGCAGAACUGCGGGCUGCACAGGCUCUGGCUGGAGAGGGACACACACAUCACCCACAUCACCUUCAACCCCAAGAACCCCUCGCACAUCCUGCUCCACGACGUCUACAUGUUUUGUGUCCUCGACAAGUCCCUGCCCUUGCCGGACAACAGUGCCCUUCUGCUGAACCAGAGCACCCUGAAGCAGCUCCCGGAGACGGCCCGGCAGCGGCAGCUCCACGCCUUCAAGAUCUGCAAGAAGUUCCAGCCCCUGCUCUUUGCGGAUCUGCUGGAUGAGAACUGCCUGGUGGUGGUGGAGCGGCCUGUCAUGGACAUCAAGACCCAGCUGCCCCUGCCCGUCCAACAGAAGAAAUUCGGCACCUGAGAGCAGAACCAGCUACUCUGGGUGCAGAAGCUGUGUGUGUAGGUUUUGGAGGGUGCUGUAGGAAUAAACCCCGCUGUUCUGUA